ACGAUUUUUUCGUACUUCCGGUGUGUGCAACGCAGACAGGAGGUUCCGGAGCCGAGAUCUGUGCAGCUUCAUUUUCCCACUUCUGAAGCUAAACGGUAUCUGCUGAUAUAGCCCACAGCUACCUGCAGUUGUACUCAGCGGGCGUUUGAAGAAAAGAAGGAACCAUGACAGACUCCAAGUAUUUCACUACUAACAAAAAAGGGGAGAUCUUUGAGCUGAAGGCUGAAUUGAAUAAUGAGAAGAAAGAGAAGAGGAAGGAGGCUGUAAAGAAGGUUAUUGCUGCCAUGACUGUGGGAAAAGAUGUCAGCUCUCUAUUUCCGGAUGUGGUGAACUGCAUGCAGACAGACAACUUGGAGCUGAAGAAACUUGUUUACCUUUACUUGAUGAAUUAUGCCAAAAGCCAGCCAGAUAUGGCUAUCAUGGCUGUUAACAGUUUUGUCAAGGAUUGUGAGGAUCCUAAUCCUCUUAUCAGGGCUCUAGCUGUGCGCACUAUGGGUUGUAUCCGUGUUGACAAGAUAACAGAAUACCUUUGUGAACCUCUGCGAAAGUGCCUAAAGGACGAAGACCCUUAUGUGCGAAAAACAGCAGCUGUGUGUGUGGCCAAGCUCCAUGACAUUAAUGCCCAAAUGGUAGAAGAUCAGGGCUUCCUGGACUCACUGCGGGAUCUCAUUGCUGACUCCAACCCAAUGGUGGUAGCCAAUGCUGUUGCAGCGCUCUCUGAAAUAAGUGAGUCCCACCCCAACAGUAACCUACUGGAUCUCAAUCCCCAAAACAUCAACAAGCUGCUGACUGCUCUGAAUGAGUGCACUGAAUGGGGACAAAUCUUUAUUUUGGACUGUCUGUCUAACUACAAUCCUAAGGAUGAGAGAGAGGCACAGAGCAUCUGUGAACGAGUCACACCUCGGCUGUCCCAUGCAAAUUCUGCUGUGGUCCUGUCAGCUGUUAAGGUGCUGAUGAAGUUUUUGGAGCUGCUGCCUAAAGACUCUGAUUACUACACCAUGCUUUUGAAGAAGCUGGCACCUCCUUUGGUUACGCUACUGUCUGGGGAGCCAGAGGUGCAGUAUGUAGCGCUGAGAAACAUCAAUCUUAUUGUGCAGAAGAGGCCAGAGAUUCUGAAGCAAGAAAUCAAGGUGUUUUUUGUCAAAUAUAAUGACCCCAUUUAUGUCAAGCUGGAAAAAUUGGACAUAAUGAUUCGCCUUGCAUCACAGGCCAACAUUGCUCAGGUGUUGGCUGAACUGAAGGAAUAUGCUACAGAGGUAGAUGUAGAUUUUGUUAGGAAAGCUGUUCGUGCCAUUGGACGCUGUGCCAUUAAAGUAGAGCAAUCAGCUGAACGCUGUGUGAGCACCCUUCUUGACCUUAUCCAGACAAAAGUUAACUACGUAGUACAAGAAGCUAUUGUUGUUAUUAGAGACAUCUUCCGCAAGUACCCCAACAAGUAUGAGAGUAUUAUUGCUACUCUUUGUGAGAAUCUGGAUUCACUGGAUGAGCCAGAUGCAAGAGCUGCCAUGAUCUGGAUAGUGGGAGAAUAUGCAGAGCGCAUUGACAAUGCAGAUGAGCUCUUGGAGAGCUUCUUGGAGGGAUUCCAUGAUGAGAGCACACAGGUGCAACUCACCCUGCUGACUGCCAUUGUCAAACUGUUCCUGAAGAAACCAUCUGAGACCCAGGAGCUGGUUCAACAAGUUCUUAGUUUGGCCACACAGGACUCUGAUAAUCCUGACCUGCGAGACCGUGGUUAUAUUUACUGGCGUCUGCUCUCCACUGAUCCAGUAACAGCCAAAGAAGUGGUUCUGUCUGAGAAGCCCCUGAUCUCAGAGGAGACGGAUCUAAUUGAGCCGACUCUGCUGGAUGAGCUUAUUUGUCAUAUUGGUUCAUUGGCUUCUGUCUACCACAAACCUCCUAAUGCCUUUGUUGAAGGAAGUCACGGGGUUCAUCGCAAACACCUUCCUAUCCAGUAUUGCAGCAUUGAUAUUGGAGACAGUCCUGUUGCACCAGCCCCAGCUGCUGCUCUGGAGCAGACCCAGGUCAUCCCCUCACAAGGAGAUCUUCUUGGCGACCUUCUUAAUCUUGACUUGGGACCCCCAGGAAAUGUGCCACAAGUGUCCUCUAUGCAGAUGGGAGCGGUUGACCUGCUAGGUGGAGGCCUUGACAGCUUGCUUGGAAGUGACCUUGGAGGUGGAAUAGGUGGAAGUCCAGCGGUUGGACAAACAUUCAUUCCUUCAUCUGUCCCAGCAACAUUUGCACCAUCACCCACUCCAGCAGUAGCAAGCAGCGGUUUAAAUGACCUGUUUGAGCUUUCCACAGGAAUUGGAAUGGCCCCUGGAGGAUUUGCACCCCCAAAAGCUGUUUGGCUGCCUGCUGUAAAAGCCAAAGGACUGGAGAUCUCCGGCACAUUCUCACACAGACAAGGACACAUCUAUAUGGACAUGAACUUCACCAACAAAGCUCUGCAGCACAUGACAGACUUUGCUAUCCAGUUUAACAAGAACAGCUUCGGAGUCAUUCCAAGUGCCCCUCUGGCUAUACACACACCCCUGAUGCCAAACCAAACCAUUGAUAUUUCUCUCCCUCUUAACACUCUUGGUCCUGUCAUGAAAAUGGAACCACUAAACAACCUCCAGGUUGCUGUGAAAAACAAUAUUGAUGUAUUCUACUUUAGCUGUCUCAUCCCUUUGCAUGUGCUGUUUGUGGAAGAUGGCAAAAUGGAACGCCAGGUCUUCCUUGCCACGUGGAAGGACAUACCCAAUGAAAAUGAGCUGCAGUUUCAGAUAAAAGAGUGCCAUUUUAAUGCAGACUCUGUUUCCAGUAAGCUGCAGAAUAACAAUGUUUACACAAUUGCCAAACGGAAUGUGGAAGGGCAAGAUAUGUUAUACCAGUCUCUGAAACUUACCAAUGGCAUCUGGAUCCUUGCAGAGCUACGGAUUCAGCCUGGGAAUCCAAAUUACACGCUUUCCCUUAAGUGUCGUGCUCCAGAAGUGUGCAACUAUGUGUACCAAGUGUAUGAUUCCAUACUGAAGAUCUGAUUAUGAAGAUUCAAUGAUAACCCUUAUACAAUGUAUAUUAACUAUGUUUCCCAAGUACUGUGUGUCACUGUUACCUUCAUUACAACUUAUUGGAUAGUCCAUCCCAUGAUAUACAAACUCUGGUGUCAGGACUGCAAACACAGUAGUAGUAAGUCAGUAACAUGUUACCUAUUAAGAGGCAGGCAGGAUACUGCAGAGAGUGCAAUAGAAGCGUCUUUAUUUAGUAUGUUAAUGCACGGAGACUAUAAUCUAAAGCUCUAUGUUCAUUACGAUUUAAUCAUGUACCAUCUUUCACGUAUGGGAAAGUAAUCCAUUACUUUUCUUGUUUCUGUACCAUUGUUGUACUACACUAUGAAUUUAUAUUCUGUUUGCAAUGUGUAAACAGUUCCUUACAAAUAUAAGUACAAUCCAUAUAAAAUGCAGAGUGAUUGUCAGUGUUUUUGUAGUUCUGUACUUCUAUUAUGUACUUUACAAGAUCUAGUAUCCAUUAUUUUGGAGACUUUGUCUGCAAAAGCCCAAUGAUAAGAUAAUAGUUUAAGCCCUUUUUUGUGCUUGAUAAAGUCUACCCAUAGCCAUAUUUGUGUCACUUUCCAGUUAUUAAACCACUGAUCUCCUCCACAUUCCAUGCCAUUGUCUCUUGUGUAUCAUGCUGGACAAAAAUCUUGUAUAUCAUAUAAGACAAUCUCCUAAAAUGGAGCAAAAAAGUUAAUUAAACAAAUAAAUAAA